CUUCGCCUUUCACAUGUCAGCUUAUCGCCUUUCAUUGCUCAUAUGCUCCGCGCUUGGAGCUCAUGUCGUUACCGGAUAUCUAGACGACGGGCGGCCGAUUCGCCUCUUUUUGCUUGUUUUUAAUCCACUUCACGAAGUCUGGAAGGACCGUACCAUAGUUUGAAACUUUAAAACAAAUCAAAAGGUGAAGGCCUGUUGCUUGGGAGGUAAUGUAUUAUCGGUUAGUGGCAUGAAACGAAGCGGCUCAUUCCUCUGGUUUCACAAAGGAGCGGUGGUUUCCUCGGGUGUCAGCAGGCUAUCCUCGGAGUCCGGUCACCGAGCACCGAACACCCGCAAGUAGCCUUUAAAUCCUCAGGGAAGGAGGGAGGGGGGAUACCCAGCCAUGGCGAGCGACGACUGUAGGAAAGAUGACUUGCUGGAGGAUAACCGCACAGACUCGGGCAUUGACUCGUACCGCUCUAUACUGAAGUCGGAAGAGCCCCGGGAGCCGAGCACCGACUUCAGCGGGCCAAGGGACAAGUUUUCAACCGGGGAGGAGCGCCUGGACUCCGCCUAUGACUCCUCGUCCAUCACGGCGGAGAGUCUAUCGGAGAUCGUGGAGGGCUGCACGCUCUCCAGCGCCAAGGAGGAGCAAGCACCGAGCUCUGAAUUAUCUGAACAGGAGGAGAACUUGCUCGCAACUAUCACAGAAGAUGGAGACACAAUCCUGCACUUGGCAAUCAUUCAUGAGGAUAAAUGCAUCUCCCAGAAGUUGAUACAGAUAUUUCCAAAAGAAGUCCUGGACAUCCAAAAUAAUUUAUACCAGACCGCUUUGCACCUGGCCACCUACCUGAACCUGAUAGGUGUGGUGAAGGGCCUGGUGGAGAAGGAGGUCAGCCUGGAGCUGCAGGACCAGGAGGGGAACACAGCGCUCCAUGUGGCCUGCCAGCAUGGGCAGACAGAGUGUGCCCUCGAGUUGACCAGAGAGGUUUCCCUCAGCAAGAUGGCUCCGGUCCUCGAGACCCAGAACUGGAGAGGUCUUGCCUGUCUUCACUUGGCUACACUGAACAGGCAACAUCAGAUUCUGAAGCUCCUGGUGAAAAAGGGAGCAGACCUGAAUAUCCAGGAAGGAACCAGCGGGAAAACGGCUCUUCAUCUCGCCACUGAGCUGCACGACAUGACAUCAGUGAAGCUGCUGCUCAGCAGGGGAGCCAAUGUGGACGCUGCCAUGUUUAACGGCUGCACGCCCCUGCAUCUCGCAGUGGGGAGACAGGACGCCGCCAUCGCCAACCUCCUCUGCCAGUCUGGCGCCGACACAAUGCUGCGAAACAUGGAGGACGAAACUGCGCUGGAUCUGGCCAAUGGCAACGAUGACAUUCUGGCACUAUUUCCUUUUGAUGACAUCCACAUCUCCGGGAGGUCGGUGGUCCGUGUGAAGUUUUGAGCUGAACCGUAGGCGCUGCAGCUGGAACUUUUUUUGAUUUAAAAAAAGAAAACAAAGAAAGAGAAGAAGAGGAAAAAAAAAAAAAAAGCUGCGUUUGAGCUGAAGUUUUCAUUAGUGCCUCUAUAACAAAUAUGUGCAACACAAAAUCUUACUUCCCUCAGACAAAAAGCGUUAUUCUGCUAAAUUGAACGCUGAUAGAAAGUCAUUGGUUCAAUUAUUCUGCUCCUUUCCUCUGGAAGUGUUGCAACAAAAGCCGCCUCAAUGUGAGCGCCAAACUUUCUGUCAACAUGUUCAAUGUCCAUAAAAAAUUCUACCUCCUUUAUAACCUAGUUUUAAUGGCUAGAAAUUAAACAUUCAAUUUGCUUUAUUUCAGUUUCUCAAACUUUAUCAAUGCUAUGAUUGCAUUUUAUUUCACAGCCAUAUGUUGUAGCCACAUUUUUUUUUUUUUUCUUGCAACGCCACCAAAUUACAGACGAUACAACAGAUUAACAGAAAGACUUCAUGAGGAAUCAGAGGCAGAGCAAAAUAAAUGUUCCAGUUACUAAAUGUAAAACUGUGUCCCAAAGUCACCUGCAAUCCUAUAAAGACAAACAAAUCACAUCCCUGCAUUUUAUUAGAAAACCGGUAGCCCUUGUAAAAAAUUAAUAUAUAACACAAACAAGCAUCAUCUUUUUUAGAUUUUUUUUAGCUUUGCUACUUCAUGUUGUAAAGCAGUUUUCUUUAUGUAUGUUAUCCUUCAUCUGCAGUCAACUGUUCCUGUACUUUGGUGUGUAAUUAAUAUAAGCCGUUUGUUUAUUUUGUAAUAAAAUGGAGAAAGAAAACCUCA